UUUGCUAGAGGAUUUGCUUUUAACCACACUUGUGAAGAAUUGUACAAGCUCCAAGAGAAGCACAGUUUUGUUUUUUUUCAUAGUGGACUUAGUGCACUUUAUAAUGUCUCCAGCAAGAAAAAUGAGUAACAAACUGGAAAACAAAAGAAAGAGCAAGAAAGGAAAAAGUCAAGAAAUGUCUGCCAAUUUAAAGUACCUUUCCUUGGGCAUCCUGGUUUUUCAGACCACAAGUUUAGUGUUGACCAUGCGCUAUUCUCGGACACUGAAAGAAGAAGGACCUCGUUACUUAUCCUCUACUGCAGUAGUUAUUGCUGAACUUCUGAAGAUUUUGGCCUGUGUUCUAUUAGUCUACAAAGACAGCAAAUGCAAUUUACGGACUCUGAACAGAGUGCUACGUGAUGAAAUCCUUAACAAACCCAUGGAAACUCUUAAACUUGCUAUUCCUUCAGGAAUUUACACUCUUCAGAACAACUUGCUAUAUGUAGCAUUGUCAAACCUAGAUGCAGCCACAUACCAGGUUACAUAUCAACUGAAGAUUCUCACCACAGCAUUGUUUUCUGUGUCCAUGUUGAGCAAGAAACUGGGUGUAUACCAGUGGCUGUCACUUGUAAUAUUGAUGACAGGAGUGGCAUUUGUGCAGUGGCCUUCAGACUCUCAAGCAACACCUGCUAAGGAGCACUCAGCAGGAUCACAGUUUGUAGGCCUGAUUGCAGUUCUCAUAGCGUGCUUUUCUAGUGGAUUUGCUGGAGUUUAUUUUGAGAAAAUUUUAAAGGAAACUAAGCAGUCUGUGUGGAUCAGAAACAUUCAGCUUGGAUUUUUUGGUAGCAUAUUUGGACUGAUGGGUGUUUACAUUUAUGACGGAGAACAGCUGUCAAAGAAUGGAUUUUUUCAAGGAUACAAUAAACUUACUUGGGUGGUGGUUGUUCUACAGGCACUUGGAGGGCUGGUGAUUGCUGCUGUUAUAAAAUAUGCAGACAACAUUUUAAAGGGAUUUGCAACUUCUCUCUCCAUUAUACUGUCAACACUGAUCUCCUAUUUCUGGCUGCAAGAUUUUGUCCCUACAAGUGUCUUUUUCCUCGGAGCCAUCCUUGUAAUAGCAGCUACUUUUCUAUACGGUUAUGAUCCCAAACCUGCAGGAAAUCCCAUUAAGGCAUAGCAGACUUCCUCAUCAACCUGCUUCUCGAGAUCAUGCACUGGGGGCCUUGCUAGCACUGGCAUGUGGGAAGUGUCACUGUGCACUGCAAGGGAAGGAUGACUGCCCUGAAUAUAUUGAAGAAAUGCUGAUGAGUAGUUCUGAACAGCCAGAGGGGUUACAGGUGAAGGAUGAUGCUGUCUGCAACUGAUUGGGGGGGGGGGGGGGAUAUGUCAGGGGAAUGCCCAGUGCAACUUGCUAAUAAAAACUUGAAAGGAACCAAAAGUUUCCAAGAAACAACAAUUAGGAAUGUUUACAGCUUUGACUGAGAUUGCAUCAAAAGAAUUACUGUAUUGACUGCUGCAGAAAUAUGUCCUAUGCACUCUUGGAAAGAGCACACGACAACAUUGUCAGAUUGUAUGUUUUUGCUAUUCAAUUCUAUUUAAUCUUAGCAAAUAUGUUUUUAACUGUUUGUUUAUUUACGUGAAACGAGCUGAAAGUCAUAGUUCUAAAGUAAUGGUUGUAAUUAGGUACUCCUUAUUAAAACUGAAAACUGAAGUAUGAUUGAAAGACACUUUCACAAUAUCAAAUAUUUUUAUAUUUUUAGAAGGCUGAUUUAAUAACAGAAAUCUGUUAUUAAAUGAUAAUAUUAUAAUUCUGUUGCUUCUAUAAAAUUAUUGUAAGAAUGUUAACAUUCUCACUGAAGUACAAAGGGAGGAAUACUCCAGCCUUCAUCAGCCUGUAGUGUUGGAGCAGAUGGAAUAACUCUGGGAACACGGGCUGGAGGUUACUGUGCUAACCUGGGAGCAGCAGUAGGGUUAUGAUGGGUGCUUGCUCAGAUGUGAUGUUCAUUCUUUUUUUUUUUUAAGCUGAUUAUAAAUCAACUUUUUGGUAGAACCUUAGAAGUAGUUUUUGUGCUUUAAAUAGUCUCUGAAGAUUUUUUAAACCAUGAUUUCAAAAAACAAAGAGCCCACAAUAAGCAUUUUAAAGGCAUUAUCAUUGUCUGUAACAGCUCCAUCUGGAGUUAUUAUGGUAUGGCAUCUGUAUACUGUACUGUACUUUAUUACAGAGGUGUUUUUUAAACAAGUGUUGUUUACUCAUGAACUCUUCCAGGCUUUUUCUAUAUAUUUCUGUGUAAUGGCUUAAUUAGAUUUUUGUGGGGUUUUUUUAAUUAUUAUUAUUUUGGUCUGAGAGUCCUUGGGCCAACAGACCAAAAUGAGUUCUCUGGACCUAUUUGUUCUAGUAGUGGAAUUAUUUUAAUAGUAAAUAUAAUUUAAAAACAAUUAAUUGUGCAAUAGGUAAAUAUAAAAGCAUGCUGUUAUUCUGUUUAAAACAAAAAAAAACUUCACAAAGAAAUCUUGCUGCAAUUAGAUCAAUUAGACUGUUAUGAACACUCCACUUAAGUAUUUGCAUACAGUCAGAAACACUAAAAAAAUCUGGAACUAAUAAACAAAAAAAACUGUCUUAAUUGGUUUUCAGGUUCACAGUGGAUGUUAAUGUAGGGUGACUCAUGUGUCACCUGUGUUGGUGCAUUUAUAUAAACACAUUUUAGAAGUCCCUUACCAGUAGAGUGGCAAGUGGUAAAAACAUCUUUAUUCCUUUGUUCCCUGCCACCACCCGCUCCAUGCUCUUUCUCACAUCUGUCUUGUACUAAAGAAAAUGUGUAAUAGAAGGGUGUUUUGAAAUGUUUACCAAAGUACCUCAUCUGAUUGACAAGGAGAUUCUGUAGGAGUGCUCUGAGAUUUCUUAGUGAAGUAUUGUAAAUGGGAAAGGAAGAAUUCCCCUUAUGUCAGUCAAGUAAAAAUAGUGUCUUUCUUCUGUUGGCAAUUACAUAUUUUAUCAACGUUUUGUUUGUUUGUCUUCUCAGAGCAAGACAUUAAAGAAAUAUCAGAGCUCUGCCUAGGGCUUGCUAAGCUUUGUGAACUGUGAAUCUGUCCCAGCAUGUUGUAACUGCAGUAGCUUUGCUACUUGGCGAUCAAAACUAUCUAAAUGGGCAUUCUGUGUUACUAUUAAAUGUUUUAUGUGUGA